UUCUACGCAGACUCCGUCGAGAUGGCUGCUCCAGUGUGUUUCGGGAACCUGGAUGCGGCGGUCGCUCCCGGUUCCGACGUCUCCCAACUUGCCGAGCUCUCCGUUCAGUGUUUGAACGUUCCCGCUUUCACGGAUUGGAUAUUUGACAGCUUUGAGUGCCGGUUUGACUGUGGAGAUGAUAACAUAAGUGCUAAAUGAGUGUGCAAUUGCUACAAAACACUUGACGAAGCACACGGAAGAUCCAAUGCACGAUGUUAGUGACAUGACGUCGAUUCAGGAUGGCUAUUUAUACGCAGUUCUCCGGUGCAAAAUGUGGACUGUACGCGUUUCUAAUGAUCAUCCAUAUUCCGAUACUGCAAGGCGAAGAGCAACCCAUGUGCCCUACUCUAGCAGAGAACCCAAUCUGUCCGUGCUAUAGCUUCAAAGAAGGUCUAUUUUUGGAGUGUCCCAGUGCUACUCCCAGUGCUGUAAAAAACGUAUUAUCGAAAAUCAGGGGCAGUAUCCAAUCUCUGUCCAUUUACGACCUGGAGCGCUCCACCACCGAACUAAAAGCCGAUUUAUUCCCACAAAAAACAAAAAUAAUCAACUUACAAAUUUCACAGUCUGGCAUAAACCAAAUAAGUUCUAAUGCUUUCAUGCCACUCAGCAGCUCAUUGGAAUCCCUGAGCAUAGUUUCCAGUAAAUUAAACCGAAUACCACAGGAGUCUUUCUUUGGCUUGCAGAGUAUCGAAGCACUAGAUUUACAACUUAACGACAUCGAAGACAUACAAGCAAACGCAUUCAAAGGGCUUAGACUUAAGAAACUUAGUUUGAAAGGAAAUAAAAUAGUUAAUGUUUCCGAGAUUGCGUUUCAUAAUUUAGAAGAGUAUUUGACUGAGCUGGAUAUUACUGAAAAUUUUCUGAACUAUUUUCCUUUGCAAACUUUAGGAAAGUUGAACAAACUAAACAUUUUAAGACUAGCUUGGAAUAAAAUCAGUUCAAUCCCAAUUGACUAUAAUUUUACUAUAUCAAGUUUGUUAAAUUUAGAUUUAAGUUCAAAUGUAUUUACUAAAUUAGAAAACAACUGGUUUCGAUCUAUGCCUAAUAUUAGAACAUUAACAUUUUUUAGCAAUCAGAUUCAAGUUAUAGAUGAGAAAGCAUUUUACUCAUUAGAACAAUUAGAAACGCUCGAUUUAAGUCGAAACAAAAUUACAAAAAUAGAAAAAAAUACUUUUCAAAGGAAUAGAAAUAUACGCACAAUUGAUUUGAGUCAUAACCAUCUCCAUUAUAUUAGAGGUGUUUUUGCAAACCUUCAUCAUUUGUCAGAAAUAUUUUUGUCGGAAAAUAAUAUUCUUGAAGUACCGAGCGAUGCGUUUAGCAACGCCUUAGGUUUGACAGUUCUUAAUUUAGAACAUAAUGCUGUGCAGAGACUAGAGGACGAUUGCUUCGCAUCGCUUCAAAAUUUAACGCAAUUACAUAUGGGAACAAAUUACUUAAGGAAACUUCCUCGUAACAUUUUUAAAUUCAAUAGCAAGUUAGUCACUUUAAGUUUAGAUAAUAAUAAAAUUAACGAUUUAGACGAAUUAUUACUCGAUAGCUUAGUCACACUAAGAGAAAUCCGGUUACAAAAUAAUAAAUUAGAACAUAUUAAACGAAACGUAUUCAGUCCGUUACCAGGACUUUUAGAAUUACAUUUACAAAACAAUCUCAUACAAAAUAUAGACUCGCAGGCUUUUAUCACUUUGAAAAAUCUUCAGCACAUAAAUUUGCAAGGCAAUCGACUGUCCACUAUUGGAGACGUAUUCCCAAAUAGAAAUUCGUCUUUAGUCUCAAUACAACUGAGCGUUAACUUUUUGUCACUGUUGAAAAACAGUUCUCUCAGAGGCCAAGUAAAUGUGCAAAUAAUGUGGCUUAGCCAAAAUAACAUAAAAAUAUUAACUGCUAAUUUAUUUAUUGAUUUAUUAAAUAUUCAAAGGUUGUAUUUGAAAAAUAACAGCAUUGUACAUGUAGAAAAUAAGACAUUUUUUCAGCUAAAAAAACUGAAAUACUUAGAUUUGAGUAACAAUAAUCUAAUUAAGUUAAACAAUGAAACAUUUUUCAAGAUUGUAACGUUGGAAGAACUGUAUUUGCAAUGCAAUAAUAUUAAUCAGGUGGCAAAAGAUACCUUUAAGUUUUUAACCAAAUUAAGAGUUCUCGACUUAUCCCAAAACGAAAUAAUUGUCUUGGAUUUCGACAUUUCGUCACUCCCGAUUAAACAACUCAGACUUAAUAAAAAUUCAAUAUCAAUAAUUGAAGCGGACUCACUCAAAACUUUACCAAACUUGAGUGAGUUGGAAAUGAACAGUAAUCUCCUAACUUGGGAGGAUAUCAUUCAAGUUCAGAUACCUGGCCUGAAGUCCUUGAUUUUAUCCCGAAAUAACUUUUCGCUAUUAGAAAACAAAACUUUUUCUCAUUUACCCUCGUUACAAGCGCUGUCAUUGGAACUAUCAAACAUAUCCCAAUUGCCUGCGGCAACUUUUAUUAAGAACCAAAAUCUUUUACGAAUAAACUUGGCUUUUAACAGUCUGAAAGAUUUGCAUAAAGAUGUUUUUGCGUACACGACAAUUUUACAAGAAUUAAAUCUUAAAGGCAACAGUUUUACUGAUUUUCCUCACGUAGCUUUAUUUAACGUCACGUCUCUUGAGCACUUGGACCUUUGUCAGAAUCAGCUUAGUAGUGUCGACUUCUAUAAGUUUAUUGGUUUACAAAAUUUAAGAACACUUAGUUUAUGCGAAAAUAAAAUAUCAGUUUUGAAUGGUUUCAGUUCACCUGCAUUGAAAAAUCUGUUGACUGUAGACUUAAGCAAAAAUAUGCUUUCAGUUCUUCCAGCGAAUUUUUUUCAACAUUCAUUAGGAUUGAAAGAAAUAGAUUUAUCGCAUAAUCUUUUUAAGCACAUACCUAGUAACGGUUUGUCAGAUGCUGUUCUUCCAGCGCUCACGACGCUGAACAUGUCUUCUAAUCCUUUAGUGCAGUUGUUGCAAACAUAUCCAUCACGGCAAUAUCCAGCUUUAGAAGAAUUAAUUGUAAGGAAAACUAACUUGACAAUUAUCACGAGCAAAGAUUUUGAAAAUUUCCCGGCUCUCAAAAGGUUAAUCUUAAUAGAAAAUUCAAUAGACCGACUAUCUCCUGGUGCUUUUGCUAAACUGCAUAACUUGAAUAUACUAGAUCUGAGCCAGAAUAAGUUAGACAACAUCCCCAGAGAGAGACUGCAAGGAUUAUAUUCGGUACGAUUAUUAAAUUUAUCUCGAAACGACAUUCGGGACCUCGAAGAGUUUACAGCGGACCUGCAUAGUUUGCAAAGAUUGGAUCUGUCGUCUAACCACAUUAAUCGAAUUAAUAAGGAUAUAUUUCGGGGAUUGCAGAGCCUUACAGAGCUGUAUUUAAGUGGAAAUUGGUUAGCAGCAAUAUCGCCAGAUGCCUUCCGAUAUUUGAAUAAAAUAACGCACAUCGAUUUGAGCCAUAACUACUUCGAAGUAAUAAGAAUGAAUAUGCUUAUGUCUCUUGAAACGCAGGUCAAAAGCAUUUCGUUUAACGAUAAUCCACUAACUUGUAAUUGUGAAUCUCAAGAUUUGUGGAGGUGGAUGCAGGAGCAUCAUAAGAUAAUAUUAGCCGGCAGCGCUAACCUAAUCUGCGAACACCCCGACGAACUACAUGGGCACAGUUUUAUGGAGUUACCGUCUCAGAAACUUUGUGACUUACCCAUUGUGAUCCGAGUCGCUAUACAAGACAUCACAACCUACACUGUCAGCGUUACGUGGCAAAGCCGAUACCAGAAUGGCUUAAAUGGCUACAGAGUGGCUUAUUUUGGAGAUCAAAAUCCUAAUGUUAUUCGCGGAAAAAUUGUGAAUGCAACACAACGGUCUAUACGGCUGAACCACUUGACCCCAGGCGCACGCUACACUGUCUGCGUCAUUGCUUUUGGAAACUUCGAGACGUCAACUCUCUCCGAUGCUUCCAUGCCAGACGCAAGAAUUGCUCUUCUACCAGAAAAUUCCAGUACCAAUUUGUACAAUGAUGAACAGAUAUUUAAUAACCUGAAGCCGUUUAUGAACGAUUCUCUUAUAAGUAAAUGUACUACUGUAAAUACAAUAGAAAUUUUCGGCGCAGCUGUAGAUAGCCCGUUCUCUAAUACUUACAUGGGAAUUGCUGACAUACUAACAAGAAGGCUUAGCUUAGUGGUUGGGUGUUGCAUGGGAUUCAUUGUAUUUGUGGUCUUAGUAUCGGCUUUAGGUUACAUAAAAACAAAAAAACGUCCAGUUAUCGCUAAAGUAGAAGUGCAGCAAGCACCGCAGUAUAUAUCAUACGAUGAGUUUUCUGCGCCAAGUGUAGAAGUACAAACUACAGACAUGGAUGUAAAUACAAUAAUUACAGAUAAAAACAAAAACACAAUGCAAACAUGAGUGUAAUAAAAGUUUCUUUCACACGUGAGUAUCCCUUUAUGAGUUGAAGGGAUUUUUUCAUUUUGGUUCCCUUAUGAAUAGGACUGAGUAUCACUCACGAUAGGUAGGAACCUUUUAUAACCCUCAUCGUCUUUGAAACUUUUCUGGGAAGUUUGACAGACGCGAAUGAAUUAUUACGAUUCGGGGCUAUCAAUAACGAAAUGUGUGAUAAUCGAAAAACUUUUAUAUUAAAGAACACGCGGACGGCAACCUGGUCUGUCAAACAGAACCUAUUUUGUUCUCUCUAGCAUUAUAAGGACAUGAAGCACCGACUAUAUGAAGAAUACAGUCAGAUCUUGUUAUUUAUUUAUGUAAUCUGACCCGUAAAAACUACGCAAUAAGCUACCCUAUGUUCACUUGUUCAGAUCUCAUAGAGCCAGAUACUCUUAAAAUAUAAAAACGUAAAAGCUGUUACGUUACAGAAAUAAAUGCCGCCUGUGUAUUCUGCCUAAUCAUUGGAGUAAUUUUUCACAGUGGCAGUCGCUUGAUCCUUGGAAAUGAAAGUAGGUAUUUGGCAUCAAAAGAACAAGAAAUGCUGAAGCUGUUUACUCAACCCCGCCUUCUCGUUUAUUUAAAUUGUGACGAAAUUUUGUAAAUUGUAUUUGCUUAUAUGGCGAUAAUUUUUUGACACAUUAAUAUUAAUGCGGUUCCUAGCUUUAUUUUACAACGUUUAACGUUGCAUGUUGGUUUUGAUACCAAUGGUUAUAUUAUUGUGAUUAUUUGUAACUGAUUGUAAUUAUUUAGGAUAUUGUAAAAAAAUGAGUAACAUUAUUAUGCAUAAUCAUUUAUAGUUUAUAUCCAAUUCGGUAGGUGUUAUUGUAUUAUAAGAUAAUACAUUGUAAAUAACUAAUGAUAAUACGUGCGACACAGAAAACGAAUAUUCACCUAGCGAGAUGCAAAUUAGUAACGAAUAGCUAACAACUGAAUAAUUAGUAUAUUAACUGUAUAUAAAACGAAGAUAUCAGGUGCAUUGUAUAUAAAGCAUUGUACCAAAUAAUCACAACUUUAUACUCUGUUUUUGAUUCAUCACGAUCUGUUUAAAACUUGUACAAAGACUGUAGUAUUGAUAUAAUAAAACUCCUAAAAAUU